AUGUUUUACGCACAAUUUGUGCUCUCAAAAAAGGGGCCGUUAGCCAAAAUUUGGCUGGCAGCCCAUUGGGAGAAAAAACUAUCCAAAGCACAAAUCUAUGAAACGGAUGUGGACGAGGCCGUCGACGAGAUCAUGAAACCCAAGGUUGGCUUUUUAUUCGAGUAACAUUUUGAGUGGGCGUUGGAUUUUUGCCCGAGCUGAGUCAUUGAAAUAGGAAAAAUGGUUUGGCAAAUAAACACCAGUUAUCGAACUCGAAAAUUGGUCGUGUGCUUUUUGAUGAUAAGGAAAAUAAUCAUUCAACAAAAAGAUCAAUGAAAUUUAUUUGGAUGUAGUAACCUAAUUUCCCUGGAAGUCACAAUUAGUUCAUUAUUCAAAUUUCGAAUUGAAUUUAAACGACGAAAAAGUUUUUUUUUUCAUUUUGUUAAGCAUCUAUUUUGUUGUUUCUGAGCAGAAAUUUUUUUAAAAAAAGUUUGUUCAUGUUUUCAUGAAUUUGGUAAAUUAGAUGCGAUGGAUCUGUAAUCACAUGAAAUCUUUUUCGAAUUUUUUUGAAAAAUAAGGCGAGAUUAAAUUUUUUUGAAAAUAAGUUCAUUAUAUAUAUUUUUUUAUUUUAUCCAUCUCAAAAAUGCAACUGAAGAUAUAAAAAAAUAUCGAUUUUUUUCAGUCAAAGAUGGCUCUCCGUACAACAGGACAUCUUCUCUUGGGAAUUGUCAGAAUCUACUCGAGAAAGACCAAAUACCUGUUAGCCGAUUGUAACGAAGCCUUCCUCAAGAUCAAAAUGGCUUUCCGUCCCGGCCAACUUGACCUGAUGCCCGACACGGCGCCCAUUCAGUCCAUCACUUUGCCUGACGUCAGUUUUUUUCUCUUUUUGCUGUUCCGUUUUUGUAAUUUUUUUUUUAUAAAAAAAGCUCCUUUCUGAAAAAAAGCCCAGUAAAUUUAAUAAUCUUCAACUUUCAAGGGAUGCCGUUUUGUUGGGCGUAAAUAAAAAAAGGUUUUUUUUCAUUGCGGAUCUGUCAGAACAAUCCUUGAUGCUCCGGACUCUACAUUUUUUAUUAAAUCCCGAAAUCGACUUAAACAACAAUUUGAAAAACUACCAGCAACAAUGCCGUUUUUACAGGUUUUCGUGGACUACGAUGCUUCGCUGCCAGACUUUAACAUUGAUUUCGAUUUCCCAAAUCCUCCUCAGGUACCAUCAUUUUUCUUUUUAUUUUCUGAGUUAUUUUUCAAAAUGUUUUUAAAUGAAUGCAUCCAAGCAGGUAACUUAUUCUAUUUUCUAAACGAAUUAUCAAAAGUUUUUGCUCAGAAAGAUUAUUGUUAUAAAAAAAUGAACUUUUUUUUUAAACAAACUGAAAAGUAUGCCCUUUUCAAUGUGGACUUUCUGGCAUCCUCGAGAGAAUCUUUAUUUUAUUAUCCUUUUUUUCAGAUCAGCCAGAGUCGAAUUGACGACAUCACUCUGAAAGAAGAUCACAUCACGAAUUGCAGCACAAUGUUCAACGAUUUCGGGGUUUGUUUAUUUUUUUCUUUAAAAAAAACUUAAUGAAAAGCACUUUAACAACUUAAACUGAUGUUUUUCAAAAAGUUAAAAAAAAAUUUUGAGUUAAAAUAAAUCUCGAUUUAUUUCAGCUUUGAACAGAAUUGGAACAAGUGAGAUAAAUUGUAGAAUUCUUUGAAAACCAGAUUAUUCAAAUACAAGCAAAAUUUUUUUGAAAUUCUUUCAGUUUUGUGCUUUAAUCUUCACUUUUCUCAAGCUAUUUUUUCUCGUUGAUUUUUUUCAUAUCAGUUCAACUUUAUAGAUGGACGACUUUGGAGACAAUGGAGGCAUCUGUUUCGAAGACGAAUUUCGUGAUUUCGCCCAAGAAUUCGCUCGUGCAGAAGCUAGUAGCAGUGGUUUCCCAGGGUUUGUUAGACUUUUAGUUGGUUUUUCUUUUAAAAAAAUAAAGGAAAAAAAUUAAAAUUUAGAAAAGAAGAAACUGUAAGAAAUUCGGAUAUUUGAAUACGAAAAAAAUUUUUCCCUUUCUGAACAAAGAAAAAAAUGAUAUAAAUAGUUUUCAGUUUUGUGGUUUUUCAUAUGGUUUUAAUAUAACUGAAUUAAGACAACUUGGAAAAAAAUUUGCAUGAGAAAAAGACGAAAAAAAUGGGAUUUUUUUGCUUCAUCAAUAUCUUAUUGCACUUUUCUGAAUGCUGUUCUCGUUUUCUUGAAAGGAAGUGAAUUUCUUCUGUCAAAUAAAUUUUUUUAAAGAUUGAAUUUAAAGUCGCCAGUUGAAAAUUUUUUUGCGAAGCCAACAAAGACUGAACAAGUAGGAAAAUAAUUUUGCAAAAAAAUCUCCACAAAAAAAUAAUAAUUUUGCCUGGCUUUCCGAAUUUUUUUCGAGUUUUUAAAAAAAUUCCGUAGCUAUUUAUAAAAAAAUUUCGUUAGUUUUUUUCAAGGUAGUCCAAGGCUUCACAGCAAAAAAACAGAAAAUAAGUUGAAAUAUAGAACAUUCACGGCUAUCUCGGGACGCAAAAAGCGUGGCCUGUCUGCACUCUCCACCAACCAGGGCACUUUCUCGUCUCUUUUUGUGGCGGGACCCUUUUCUCGAUGGCUCAAGCCAUCCGUGAAUCAGCUAUAAUAUCUAAUUCUUCCUAUUGAACGGAUAUUUCCAUCAAUUUUUUAUGAAUUCAGUUAUUCUUGAUUAUUCUCAUUCGCGUUUCUAUUUUCGUAAAAAAGAACGCUCCCACAAAAAAUUAAUCACCUGUCUUUACGUUGUUCAACUUUUUUGCUUACUGUUCCCGGAAAAGAUAAUCUAUUAAAGGUCAGGUUUUCUGAUAAGCUUGUUGAUUUAUCACUGAUCACAGAAAUAUUGAUAAGACAGUGGGAAAUAAUACAUUAUUUCGAGUUGACUCAUGACAAAAACGAUGCUUUGAUAUUAUCUCAAAGACCUUUAUUGGGACAAGGAGAUCGGACAAUAUGAAAAGAUGAUAAAAACUUAAAAAAAAAACAAUCGAAAAUUCUUUCAAGGAUCAUACUCAAAAAGAUCUCCUGAAAUGUCUGGCUUCAGAAAAAAAAAUCAAGUUUUAUGAUUAAAGUUACUUUAGUUGUUAUGGUCUUACGGUUUUGACAUUGACGGUUCUUGACUAAAUACAAAACUUUUUUUGAUUUUUAUGGAAUAAAGUGAAUAGUCGUUUUUUUCGAAAAAGAGGAUGAAAAGUUUUUUUAGACUUUUCCCAAAAAAAUUUAGCUUGAUCAUAUAUAAAAAAAUACACUUAUUGGUGUAAAUUUGUUGUCUAUCUAUAAGUUUUUCCAGCUUCACUUUGAAUCAUUUUUGCAAUAAAUAUUCAGUCAAGGGAAAUAUAUUCUAUUAGUAAAGUCAUGCGGAAGUUAACAACUAUAUUCGAGCAAAUAGUUUUCUUGGACCAGAGUGUGAAUGAACGAGCUCGAAAUCUGCGCCAAUGUGGUUCCCAGUUUUUUUUUUUGAACGUUUAUUCCUUUCUUUACAAAAUAGCUGGAAAAUAAGGCAAGGACUUAUUACGCUCGUUUUUUCAAUUUCGAAAGUCUCUUCACGAAUAUUGUUGGGAGAAAUUUCAAUGAUUCAUUAAACGAACGACAAGGAAAAAUAAAGAAAGGUGAAUUUGCAGCGAUCUCCGUGAAGGAACUCCUCUUCUUGAGAAUAUCCGUGCUCCUGGAAACACGAUCUUUGAUGACGAUUUCGGAGAUGCUGGGGGUGGCUGCGAAGAUGAUGACGAUGGUGAGAUUGCGUUGAGAAAAAUUACGUAACUGAAAAGUUUCAGUCAUGACCGACAACAUGUCCGGAAUAGUCGCCCUUCACCAGCCGGAGCCUUCUCACAUUAACGACGAUGCUCAGUCCCACGUUUCCUUUGCUCGCAGUGAGAUUUUUCUUGAAAUACAGUAACGUCAAAAAAGAUACGAAAAAAAAAACGCUACUUUGGUCACAACUUUCUUGUAACGGAUUCAAUCUUCCGGAAGAAUUUUAAAACUGCUUUUUCUGAACUAAAUCUUUAUCAGACUGAUAAAAAAAAAACAGUCAUCACUCCAGAAAGAUUCAAAGAGAGUUAAUUGCUUACAAGAAAGUUGUUACUGAAACUCCCUUUUUUUGUAUCUUUUCCGAUGGUAGUGUACAUUCUUCUCCUCUUGUAAUCACCUUAUCAAAAAAAUGCUGUAUUAUCGGAGUAACCGAGGAUAGGAAAUCACACGAAAAUUUCUUUGUUCUGAAAUGUGAUUUUCUAGCAAGACAAAUAAAGAAAAACUUAAAUAUUAAAGUUGUAAAACGCAUUUUCCAGGUGCCACCCUGGAUCGCGAAACGUUUGCCUUAGAGCCUUUGGAUCCGUUCUGCGAGCGCCCGGAAAAGAAAAAGAAGAAGCGCCGCUUGCUCAUCGAUGACCAGAAAAACAUCAGCGGAGACGCCAUGAAAGCCAACAUGGCUGAUUACAGGUGAAUGUGGGAACUCGAAAAAGUUGAACAGCCAUUUCAGCCAUUUUGUUAGAUGAGGGUUAUAGAAAAUCAAUUGAAUUCAUAUCCUAUGUUUUUAUAAGAUGCACACAGUUGCUUUGAAGCAAAAACUUUCAAUUUAUGAAAAUAAUCCUUUUCAAAAAAGACUUGAUUCUUUCUAAAACUUCAAAGCGAAGGUCAAGAAAGCGAGACGAAAGAGCAUAUUACGAUUAGCACAAAAUUGUAGAAAACAAGUGAAAGAUACAUUUUUUUGAAGCAUUCUCUAUGUAGCUAACUUCAUUGCUGAAACGAAUUUUUUUCACAGCUGUCGUUCUCUUAGCCAUUUUGAAAACUACUUGAGUUUCUCACUGAAAACUUUAAAACUUUAAAUUUUUUUGUGGUUUUAUUGUUGGAAUACAACUUUCAGUAGUCCAAUUCUAAAAUAAAUGUUAUAAUGAAAAUAAAUAACCUAGCGUGGACUGAUAUUUUGGUGGCGCAAGCAAAACUGAAUAUUCUUUGUUUAAGCCAAAUUAAGUUUGAAAAAAUGGUGUAAAAAGCUAAAGAGUUUUUAUGUAGUAAUCAUGAGAGGCCCAUUCAGUCAACAAAAACGUGAUAUAAAAAACUGUUUUUGAAACAACCAAUAUUCAGCGACACUCUUCAAACCCUCGACUUGGCUCCUCCGACCAAGAAGCUCAUGCUUUUGCGUGAAAGCGGAACUGUUGAAAAACUAUUCCACUUCCCAGGAUGUCAAGGAAUGAAGAACAAAGCUCUAGUCCGAGUGAGACUGAAAAAUUCAUCGAAAUUGAAUCAAGAAUCUCAAACUUCAGCUCUAUCAAUCGUUCCUCUCUUACAAAGCCCAUCCCGAGAACGUGAUCAGAACUAACACCGACUUGCAGCAAGAGUUGGGACUUGGAGAGAUCCGAGAAGAGGAGAUCCGCAACUUCCACGAGUUUCCUGCUCCGGUACGUGAAGCCUUUCAGCUUACCUUUAGACAGGUAUCAUGGUCAAUAGCAAAUUUUAUUGAACUCGGGGCAUUUGUUAGUUUUACGCGGCAGCCUUUUCAUCCCAUCGUCGUAAAAAAUUAUACGAUUAUGCUAAUAAGCUGGAAUCCACAAAAAAUUACAGCUAAAUGCAUGCUUCGAGCUGUUGAUGGAAUGUUUUCAUUUGGUAGAUUUAAAGUCAAGGAAAAGUCAUUGAAAUUAUAGUUCGGCAUUUGUCGCAGCUUGCAAAAAAAUGGAUUCUAGCUUUUAGAUUUUUGCGGAGGUUAAAAUAAUCAUCGAACAAGAAAACUUCCAAAAUUUUUAAUACCUCAACAGAAGGAUCCAAAAAAUUGAAAUAAAAUUAUUGACAGCUGACAUUUUUCGUCAUAGAGGGUUAUCAAAAAUAGUCAAAAACUGGAUUUCACAACAUUUAUCGAUGUUUGAGAAAAAAUGAACAGAAAGUUUACAUCCUUUUAUGUUUUACAAACUAUUCUGGAAAAUUUUUUUCAUCUCGAACCAUGUUUCGGUAAACGUUCCCCAAAAUCCGGUUGACCGGUGUGCUACAAAAAAAAAGAAGGAAAAUCGCUUUUUCAUUUUUUGACUUUAUUAGAAAGUUGAACCGCAUGAUUUUAAUAAAUCAACAAUUUCAGCGUUGCUCAGAGCGUUUUCCACUUUAUCGGUCAGAAUUUCGCCCGACUCAACCACUGAGUAAACUCAAAAUUAGUUGAAAACAGACCCCUAAACCGUCACUCAAUACCUCGAAGAUCCCGACUCUUUUUCAAAAAAAAAACCUUGUUUCCCAUGGGGCCAUUAGUCGGACUGUCGGCAUUUCCCGGAUGACGUGUACGAGACCAAAAGCAGAAGCGUCGGAGCCGCAGAGGAGUGUGAUGAUUGCGUUCGAUGUCUCUCCGCUUGCGCAACUACCAACACAAAAGACGCAGCGUCUUGCGAUGGAUACGCUAAUUUAUAUGACUUGAGACUACGGUAAUGAAUGUGUCAAAACACGACACGGCACCACACCUGCGUGCAUGUCACCGUUUACCGUAACGUCUAAAUUUUUGUUAGAUUUGAUUAGAUUUGCCCGAGUUGAGAAUAUGGUAAAAUAGAAGAUCAGACGGAGCCGAUAGUUUACUUUUCAUCAGCAGAAUGAGUGGUAAACCUCAGAAAUCUCUAAUUGAGUUUUUUUUUCUUUUGUUCGACUAACAAAAAUAAUUUGAAUUGUUUUGCGGUAAACUUAAGACAGAAUCAAAAAUUGAAUUUAAAAAAAAGCGUUUUCUGCCCAAUUGAACGCUUAAAUCAUAAAGAAAGCUUUCCCUCAAUAAGUCCUGCUUAUUUUAGUUUUUAUUUUCAAAAAAGAAAGAGUUUUCCUUCAGAAUUUUUUCAACAAUCGUUUUCUGUUUCGAGCUUUUAUUUUAGCCAAAUAUGCUACGAAGUUUUUUUCAAAACUGCUUUUCAUUUUUGCUUAUUUUCAAUCUGAAAAAUGUUCGAGUGUGUUUUUAAAGAUAGCCGAAAAGUGUAGAAGGAAGAGGCUUUUGACGUCUCUGUUGUUCAAGAAGUAUAACUCUAAUCCCUCAAAUUCAUGUCUUUUGAUCGUUCAACACGUGUCCAUAUGUGCAGAAGCUCUUCGAUCACAAUGGAGUCCUCAAGACUCUCGAGUAAUCCGUGACGUCGAGGCGGCACCGGCAGAAACAGAAAAUAUGCAAAUGAGAAGAAGUGAUGAAGUGGGUGUGAAACAUCGUGGAUUGCCACGUUUGUACCGUCUGGAACACAUGGAAACACUUGGCGGGAGUGGCGGCCAUAUGCUGCUGCUUCUCCGUUUUCCGCGCACUUCUGAAUAGUCUAGGAAUGACGUCAUCGUGUAGACAAGUACAGUUUUAUUGACUGUUAAGGCACGUCAGGUUAUAUCCUAAUUUAUUUCUAUUAAAAAGCCAAUUUUUGAAAGUUCUUAGACAGGCAGUAUAGGCCAACAAACUCGCUUAUAAAGAACAUUCUUUUCCGAAACUAGAAGCUUCAAGUCAUCAAUCUAAGUUUAACUUGUUUUUAAGAUAAACACUAAAACUCCCUCCAAAACUCGCGCGUCUUGAGGCUGAACAAAACAAGUCCCGAGAACCGCUAGUAGAGAUUCUCAUGUUAUUUCACUCCAAUGGGAUAUUUUACAACCACACUAUUCUUUCAGCCUUUGAAAAACCUUGUUUCCCAUGAAGCCAUCAGUCGCUGUCGGCGUUUCCCAGACUGUGCGUCCAGGCCAAAAGCAGAAGCGUCGGAGUGACAAAGGAUUGCGCAACCCGCAACACAAUACGCGCAGCUUCUUGCGAUGAACGUUAUGAUGAAAACCAAAAGAUCCAUCUAUCCAAUAUUUCACGCGUCUUGAAAGUAAUUUACCGAGUCUGAAAUGACUUCACAAAAAAUCUUAUUCUAUGAUAUGAUAUUUCUUUUGUGAGAACAUCUUAACCUUUUCAGCUAGCUUUUUGAAGAAGAAUCAAUAAUUAUUAUUCAUAAGAACUAUAAAAAUAUUUCGAUAAGAAAAUUUGGAUAAUGGAGUUUUCAUGAUCUUGCCUUCGUAGUAAGGUACACGGUUUUAGGUGAAGAGAUAUUUAUUUAGUUGAUGAUGAUUACAUUAUUGUCUUUUCAAAAAAUCAAGAUUCACGAUUUUUUUUUGAGAAAAAGAUUUAUUUACGGUCUUUUCAUAACUGGUCUUGCCAACACAAUCAGUAAUGGAAAAAAACAGAAAACUGUCACAUAUUUUUUCAGAAAUUUUUUUCUCAACGCUACUACAGAGUAAGAUGCCAUGAGGCUUACUAAAAGGCUCCAAAUUUUGAUUAAACCAUUCCUAUCUCCACAGUUAUCCUAGCGGUCAAAGAUUCUCUACUCAGAAAAAGAACUGAACGGUUGCCGCCAGCCCCCUUGGCCGUUCAUAAAUCUCUCGUGACGAGUCAUCUUCUUGUAAAUGGCACAGAUAAAACAAAUAAAAUGGCCGUCCUUGGCGAACUGGCUCGCGGCGCACCGCAAUUAUUCGGGCAUGGAACGUUUUUGGUCGAGUAAGCGUCUUGGACGGAUGCUCCUCUCGCGACCUCGACUUGGCGACAGUCGCUUAAUGGAGCACCCUUCGGACGGCACUCAAGAGUCCGAUGAUACCUGGCCUUCUUCUACUUCCAAUUUUCAACCGGCGCCUCCUCUCAUCCGAUUUUCCUCGGUUGACCUUAUGAGGCCAUUAUUUUAGUCCGAGAAGUUAUUUGGACUUGCAGGUAUUUGAGUGGAAAUCUUCUGAUCUACGAUAUCGUGUGAAUCAUUGAGAAACAAUUCAGAAGAUGAAAGACUUUUGGAAGAUUAGUUUUUAGUUUUUUAUCUUUAUUUCAUUUUUUCAAAGAAUGGUACCAAUCAUUAGGAGUUUCAUAUCCCCAUUAUUUUUUUCUGUUUGAAUAACAGAAAAUAAUUCUUUAAUGACAUCAUUGAGCUGGUAUAAUGAUACCUAUUUUUGUAGCGCCACGAUUUCUCACAUAAAAGGUAACGCUUCAUUGAGAAGGCGCACGCCAUUACAGGCGGCUGUAACUCGUCAUUGUCUUUCGAUACCCACGGUGCGUACAUUUAUGAAGGUUUUCCCAUGCCUGCUGAAUAUUCCGAUAUUUUAUACUGCUCGUGGGUGUUUUCGUACUGCUCCACAGACCGGAAAAAGUAUCUGGAAACUGUACAAAAAUUUGUACGCUCGUUUUGAAAACCAAAAAGGCCUUGAUGAAUCUGCGUUGAGCUUUUGUUACUACACAUGCUACAUGUGAUUUCUCCAUUUCAAAAUCUCACAAAACAGUGAGCCCUACGAAGCUGAUCUUUGAGAAUUUUAUGAUCUCGAUUGGUUUUCAGAUCCAUCAUCUCAAUAGACUACUGUAGAGUUAAGAGGUGAAGGUCCACGAGCGUGUGUGUCUGUAUGAAUGUCAAGUACAAAACAUUGACACAUUUCACUUCCCCUCCACUCGGCCGCCUUUUCCGUUGGUCCGACCUCGCCUCAAUCCGAUUCUGACUUGAGCCGAUCGCCGUCCAAACUGAAUGCGGGUCGUCAAGAGGAACAUCCUGACGAGACGGAUGAAAGGCGCCUCGUUGAGGUGUGGCUUCUAACUGGAUAGUGUCGUCGGCUGGCGUAAUCCCAGUGAUGGUCGGUUUAACGCCGCUGCAAAACGGCCUUGUAAGCCGUUAAGUUGGUUUCGCUGUUGAGUUGGAUAAGAUGGCAGCUGGCUGACGGCUGAUUACCCAGCAAUUUGUGAAAAAGGCCAAGUUUGGUGCGACAACCAAAUAUUUACUUUCGAAGGUUGAUUAGGCUGGCGACAGGAUGAUGGCACGCGCAGAUUAGGAUUAUCGGGUAGACAUACAGUAACCAAGCACGAAAGUGGGUGGAAACUAUGCAAAAUGACUCGGUACAUAAAGUGAGUCUGUCUUCUUGACUUUCGAUUAAUAUUCAAAUCUAAAAAAUUGGGAAGUUACGUGAGAAAUAUGAAACCGAUAUGAUCCGUUUUCAAACGAGUUGAUGUCUCAUAACAUUCUGAGGGUCCUAAAAUCCCGAUUAACCAAACACAGACUUUAAAAUUUCAAGGUUUUCUAGUAUGAACCAAUUUCAUAUUAUGAAAAGUACCAUAUAAGCUGAGAAUCAAGAAUGGAGAAAAAAAGUCAGCUGUUUGAAGCACUGAGUUUUUUUUCUGAAGUUAUGACUUUGCAGGAAUACUUGUGAAAGAUUCAGCUACCUCAGAUUGCUGUUUCAGAAUCAAGAUGAACCCUCAGCGUUAACAUUGGAUCAUAGACAAAUCAUUUCUUAUCAACUUGACACUCAAGCUAGAUAUUUUAUAAUAACAUCCCACUUAGUGACUAAUCUCAAUCCCCACCUCACAGCCUCUGUGAUUAGGGUCCAAUAUUGGUUAUUAAUAACGGUCGGCCAAGAAUCGGGCCGGCGACAACCAAAGUCUUAACGUGUCAAGCGCAAAUAUUUGGAUGUCAUCAACACUAUUUGUGACAACCUCCGAUAUGCCCUAGACAAUGGCUGGUGGCUCCUUUUGCGUUGGUUUGUGUGUCUGCGGAUCAUUGUUGUCGACAACCUACUAAUGCACUCGACGGGAUUUACCACAAAAGGCGUCGGCCACGAUUCAUUGCCUCUUGGAGCUCCGUUUAUCCAACUUCUGAUUAGAAAUCGAGACUUCUCAAGUGUCGUAAAAUAAAAAUAAGGAAAAAACUUUGUUCAAUCAAACAACUCAAAUGAUGACUUCUCCAUUAAAAAAAAUGAGAGCUUGAAAAGAGCCAUCUUUCUUUUUUGAAGUUUUGUCUUUGAUCCUCUGAAAGCUCAAUGAACUGCUGGGAAUCAAGAAAUUUCUAUCACGGAAAAACAACUCGCAAAAGACAUAGAGAGAUUCGAAAAAUUUGAAAACCUUCAACAGGAGCCUUUGGCGCAAUUUUCCACUUCUGAAUUUGAUGCAGUAUGAAUUUUUAUGUAUUUCUCUAUAAUUUCAAAUUGCAGUUCUUUGGCCUGAUAAUUGGGAGAAGAAGACUUAAAUUCUAAAAACCCUCAAAAAUGCCCUGUGUAACUUUUGCUUGAAUAAAUCCUUUUCAUUGCAGGACAACCACUUCGCUGAUGAUUUCGAAGACGUCGGCGUGGCCGACUUCGACAACAUUGGACCAGCCACGCCACCGCCCAUGGAGCCGAUGGAACGUCCAGUAUCGCCGGCCAAAGAAUCCGACGAGUUCUCGCCCCCGGAAAAGAAGAAACGACGUGCAGAGGUUGGUUGGAAACGAGUGCUGCGCUACGGAUACCGUAAUCCCUCACGGUUGUGAUGUUAUCGGCGUGAAAUGCGUACGUAUGUAUGUGUACUUUGCGGCGAGGCAAAUCUCGUCUUUUUCUCGUCGGCGUGUGCCCACAAGCCGAUCUACAGUAACUGAUACGGCUUCCGCGGCUGUUUUCAGCUGUGAAAUUAGAGUAACGGCGUUUUGAAGUGUAAGGCCGUCAUCAAACUUUUUGAUUUUAAAUCUUUUUUUUUAAUGACUGAGACGUUCUGAAAAUUGAUAGAUAUCUGUUCGCCUAACUUUUUUCAUUAGGUAUGAGAUAACACUACACUUGAAGCAAAAGUUGUGAACUUUUCACAAAGUUUUAUGUUGCUCCAAGCCAAGCCAAAUCAAAAACAGGUCUCAAUGUUGAACACAUAGCUUUUUUUGAACAUAUAAACAAAGGCUUUUCUGAACUUAUCAUUUUUUUUGACUAAAAAUUUUAUAAUUUUUUUAACACCGCCAAGAAAAAAAAUAAUUUCUGUUUCAUCAUAGGAAAUCAUCGAAACUCGUGCAGAGUAACAUUCAGCAAUAUCAUUGAUUAAUUGGAAAGUUAUUCUUCAAAUUUUAAAAAAGAAAACUCAAAAAGUUUUUGCAUGGCGAUAUGGCAAUUUUUCCUCCUUUUGAAUUUUUUUUUCAGAUUCAUGCACCUUUUUAAAGACUUUUUAUUGAAAAUUUCUGAUAGUGUCUGGAUAAAUCUUUCAAAAUUAUUCCGAACUUCAAAAAAACUUCCUCUUUUGUUAGACUUCCCAAGAUUCAUCAUCUUGUUUCCACUUCCAAAAAAAAGUCUAACUAUCGAUAUUCGAAAAAAAAUACUCCAGUGGCCGGAGAUUGCGUCGGAAGGACGCCGGCGAGUCUCGUUUGAUCUCGACGUGACAAUAGGAAGCCUCGUUUGCAGGUGUUAGUUAUACAAAAGACGACAGUGCCUUUGACCUGCGUAUUCCGACUCGCCAAAAAAAACCUCUCUCCACCUGAUUCAAACAGUUACUUUUUGCUUUAUCGAUGACGGGUAUUAAAACAAAAAAUCCCGACAAAUUGUACCUGCUUGGUUGACAGGAAAAGUUAUAUGUGAAGGCGAGAAAGAGAAACAGCAAACAUGUGUGGGUAGAAAAGACAACCGGUCGUCGGUCGAUAAGAGGGUUACAUGCGAUCCGAAAAGCGAGAACAGACGUCUCUGUUUCUUGUCAAAAUACACCUUGUUUCUUACAGGAAAAAGCUUCAAAAAAUGUUGUUUUUAAAUUAGAAUAAAAAAGCCCGAGGUUUAUUGAAAAUCAUUUCUUGCACUGCAUUGAGAGUUUUCAAAAUUCAUUUCAAUAAUCAUCUCGAUUCUGAAAAUUAUACGAACUUCUUCUUAGAAAGUUCUUUCAGCAAACCGACUUAAAUUUUUUGAGGAGAAGCAUCAGAGUAAAUUUGAAAAAUUUGGUUAGCAUUUUUAAAAAAACCUGGUCGAAAACCAUUUUUUUCUGAAAUAUGACUUUUUAAAUUGUAAAUGUAUAAACUCAGCAGAAAAAAAUUGAUAAUUAAUUCCGACAACAAAGAAUUUUUUUCAGUUGCAAGCCCGUGGCGCUGCUGCUGAAGAAGAGGAAGGCGAUGAAGAUGAUCAUCGCUGGACCAAACGGACUCAGAACGUCCUAAACUCGAUCAGCGGCAAAAUCAAGUCGAACGCUGAUGGAGAGGUUGGUUCAGAAAAAUUUAUCGUUGGGGCUUUUGUUCACUUGAUAAGUAGGUGAUACUAGAGAUAAUGUUUUACUAAUUCAAAAAAAAACGGUGUUAAACUUUCGUUUGGUUCAUUUGACGGAAAUGUGGAAUUCAGCGAGCAUUUUGAGGCAAAGACGGGAGAGUCUAAACUAGUUAGAAAGUUCAAAAAACAACGUCUCAUUCUCUUUUUUUUGAGUUUUUAUCAUUGAACUUGCUUCGAUCUGAACGUAAAAAAGAUCAAAUAUCUUGAAACUUGCGAUGAUUUGCACACCUCUCGCAGUCGUGUGUCCCUUGGGCCACGGCGACAACCUUCACCUCUGCAGAUGACAUGCUCGAGACCCGCUCAAGGGCGCUUAGCCGCCAAGAAGGACACAUUAUUUGGUGUGAAGAGCGGGUGGAGGAUGCAGCGCAUAUUAGGAGAGUGCUGAUAGAAUGUCGAGGAGAGAUUAGCCACUAACUGGACAAUCCGCUUCAGAUCCACUAUCCAGAAUAUAUUAUUUUCUGGAUCUUGCAAUUUCUACAUGACCUUCUGAAUGCGAUGUUCUUUUCCGAUCGCUGAUCAAUUCAAGGCAUGAGCUGCUGAGAUUCAACUGAAAUUUCAGAUUUUUUUUUUCUGCGAGAAAAAGUUCUUUCAGGCGUUUUUUCCGAAGUUUUUAUCUUCGGUAGAGCGGUUGGAUUGAAUAUUAGAAACUUUUAUCAAAACAAGGUUUCAAACCGAUAGAAAAGUAAAAAUUUUUUCUGAUAAAUCCUCAAACUCGUCGUUAUCUUUUUUUUCGAAGGUUAUCCUACUUGGCUAUCGUUAUUAGCUUCAAUAUCAAAAAGACUUCAGAUCAUAUAGCAACUAUCAUAAAAAACCAGCUCUUAAACUCAAAAGCCAAUUACUACCAUGUUCCAUCUUUGAAGUUCAACCAAUCACCUCACGAAUAAUUAUUAGGUUGAACAUCAAACCGAUGGAACAUACGUGAUCUGGAGCAAAACGCUCUGGCCGGGUGCAGGUCUUUUGUUCUCGGCUGCCACGUUCGUCCUGGCAACCCUAUUGUUUGCACUUGCAUUGCACACCUGUAGUCAGGUUGUUACUCUCCUUCUCCCUGUUUUUUGAAAACAAGAAGUACCCCCAGUUUUCCGUGGAGAAGAUAAUGAGGAAAAAAUGGAAGAAUUUCGCGGUUGGUUGAAGGGCGACGCACGCGACGGACGCCGCCAAAUUAUUCAAGAGUACAGUUUCUCGGGAAUUCUCGCGCACCUUAUUACCCUCUUUUCUCUUCGAAACUCGACGCACCGCAGGUUACAAGUUGACGUGCAACAUUCGAAGCGGCGCUUCGGAGGCUAUUUUCCGCUCGAUCUGACCUCGUUUCUAAUUGACGCUUCUGAGCAGAAUUAUGUGCCAAACCUUGAUCGGCGUUUUUUUUUUUUCGUUCUUCUCAAAAUGCGCAAUUCAGACUCAACCCGUCUGGUUCGAAAUGACCCUAUUAUUUUACGGUCAGUCUUAGAAGAGCAAUUUAAUCGUCGGAAGUUCUCGAAAAAGGGCAGUCCUGCGGUUUCAGUUGAAUAUUUUUAGAAUAGUUUGAUUGGUUUUUAUAGUUUAAAAUGAACUCAAAAUUCCUGCAUUUUUUUGUUGUAAAAAAACUCAGAAUUUUAUCAAGGAGAUCUUGGUUUCAAGAACUAAGCUAGGAUACAAGUUUUCUUACGGAUGGUUUGUAAAUCCAUUUUAAAAACCUUGAAAAAUGAAAAUCAGCAGCAGUAAAAACUGAAGUUUUUUGGCGAUUGUUCUUUUCUUUAUUUUCAGUCAAAUCAUAAGAUCACUGAUAAUCGAUCAAACGGAACAAAACGCUUUUUCUGAGACUGUGAAUCGUCCGGUUGAGCGUUUUACGAUGUAGCUCUCAAGAUUUAUGGGAGUAAAUGAAAUAGAGGAAAAAUCCAGGAAGAGUGUGGAGAAGGAAGAAAUUUAUUGGGUAAUAAGUGGCAAGGUGCAUGACGCAAGACAAUAUGUUCCGUGACGCGUGUGCACAUCCUGAGCAGCCAGUCACGCUCAUUAUUCCGCCUACACGAGCACAUCCGAUAAUAACUUGACGGCUCAAUCACUGAUUCUGGAUCAUGAGCCAAACUCAGUAUUGACUUCUUUUUGCGUAGAGAAUAGUUGUGCGGAUCGUUUUUCAUCACUAUUUCCAGCGCUGUUUCAAAAAUUCAGAAAGCCGUUUCUAGCAUCGAGAUCCUCAUCGAACCGGCUGAAACUAUAUGUUUUUGUGAAUGGUUUUUAAUAAUUGAGUUGUUUCAAAAACUAUAUUUUUUUCUUUAAUCAUCUUUUUUUAGUAAUAAAUCGAAAAAAAUCGAUUACAUUUCAAUUGAAGUUUUGGUGGAAAUUUCGCUUCUAGAAAAAAAGUCUUUUUUUAUUUCAUCAUUCCAAUGAUUUCUUCAAAAAAAUCAAAGAAAUAUCUGCAUGAAUUAGCUUUUUAGUUUUCUUUUUGUUCAGCUCUGUUUUCAGCACCUAAUGUCAACUUUUCAACUUUUUUUUUCAAAAACAAAAACGAAAAAAAGGCCCCUCAAGUAGAAGUUGACCCUUCUUUCGAAACUGUCUGAAGAAAUUCAAACUUUCUGACACGUUUUGACCGUUGCUGUGAUAGUACAACCAACGGAUCGUGGCCAUUUGACAAGGCAUUGUCUUUUGGUUCACGUUGAAGUCAGCAAGCCAAGUUGCGAAGCCAGAGAACAAUGGGAUGUUCCCUACAAAUUCAAACUGUCCCAUGUACACGUGUCAGCGGAUGGACUCGGUUCUUGACGCGCCCUUCUUUCUUCAGACAAAGUUUGAGUUCAAAGAUGUAGCCGCUUGGUUCAUCUAAACAAGUCUCGUGAGAGGAACCAUGUGUGCAGCUGUGUACCAUCUCCGUUGUGCGACAGUGUUUACAGUAGAAAAAAAUUCUGCAUUCGAGAAUAGCCAAGACUUUGGAAGACCGAAAGAUUAGACUUAUACUAGAUCACACUAAAACGGGAAAUUUUUUUAAAAUUCGAAAUAAUGGAAAAUUAUGAAAAAAACAACCUUCAAUUCGAGAGCAAACCAAAAAUGUUGUAUCUUAAUUGAGGAAUUUCAAUGUUUAAGUUCAUGUGCCUGAAUUUGUUUUUUUGAACAUUUCAAAGCUUGAUGAUAUGGAUAUUUGACUAUUCUGAUUCGGAUCCAGAACUUAUUGGAGGGAAACUGGAAAGAUUUAUUCAAUAGUUCCGGGUAGAUUUUUACUUUGAUAUAAUUUUCGAAUAGAAUUUAAAGCCAAUAAAAACAUUAUACUUUUUGUAAAAUAAAAAAAAUAAAAGAAUUCCGAAAUGAAAAUAAAAUCGUUUUGAGAUUUAGGACCUAAUUGACGCAUUUAUUACAUAUAAAAGUUAAAGGCUAGUUCCAUGUGUUUCAGAAUUUUUCGGCUUUUAUCUCAGUUAAAUAACGGAUAAUCGUAACCAGCAUCUUUCAGAUCACCCUCAGCGACCUCCUGAACAAAGGCUCCACGCGCAAGACGGCUGCCCAGAAGUUCUACACGCUGUUGGUCCUGAAGAAGUGGCAGGCGAUCGAAGUCGAGCAGGCCAAGCCUUACGAAGAGAUCACCAUUACGGCCGGCCCCAACAUUGCGCAGAACGUUGGAUAAAUUUGCAUUUUACCCACACCCUACAGUUUCCCUUCUCUUUCCUUUUCUCGAAUUUCAAAUUCGACUUUUUUGCCUUUCAUCUGUACUUUUCGUCACUUUUUUUUUCGAAACUUGGAUUAAUAUUCUGUUCACAGAAACGUUGAUAUUUUCACCUAGCUUUGAAAAACUCCUUCCAUUUUUCUGUAUUUUUUAAAAUCACAACAAGUUGCCGAGAAAUAAUCAUUUCAAGGGAACUCAUUAGUACAUCCUCAAUACUCAUUCCGUUCAUUUUCUGAUCAUGAAUUUACUUUCGAUCGUGUUUCUCAUGUCGAAUCAUGUCAGUUUCAUUCCAAAUCAUCAAAUUCCAAAGCUGCACCAUUUAUAAUCGUUACUUGUGUUGAUUUCCUCCUACUGUUACUUAGGAGAAACCGAAAGUUAUGAGCGAGAGAGGGUGAAUAGCUACAAGAUUCGGCGACACGUUUACCGCGCCGUCUUUUUUCCCCUCCAAGCGAGCCCUUGCUGUCAUCGCGGCAAAAAAGCCGUUAUAACAGUUCUUCUUCUUGGUUUUCCCGCGCCUUCGCAUUCCUGUCCAUAUAUCCUCUUACCAUAAGGCAAUAUCUCUUUUUUCCGCUUCAGUUGUGUUUUGCGCCUAUUCGGAAGCCUUCGAUUUGUUAGGCUUCUGGGUAUUUGCCACACCUCUUGUCAGGACUGUUGUUUUCGUAGUAAUUUAUUUGACGAGCGCUAUCUGCAAGUUGUCACUAAAAUGACCCCGUCAGAAAUAAUAAAUAUAGUGAGAAAGUGAAGUUCUAUGAGAUUGAGAUCAACAAUGGAAUUGUACCAAUUUGAUUCAAAACAGAAAAUUCCAUUAAGUUUGAGCUCCUGAAACGAAAAUGAAAUUCAUUUCUCAAAAACCGGAAAAUUAAAUUCUUUGAGAGAAAUUUUUUUCCAAGAAUGUUUGUGUUUUAUGACGUUUCUCAGGUCAUCAUUCUGUUGGUUAUGAUCAGCUUUUCAAAUAAUUUCGAGAUAACUUUCAAGUUUUGGGUGACCAUUUUCAAACGUUAAACAGAAGAAAAUGAAAAACUUUUCAAACUAACGAAGUUGAAAAUAUUAUUCAAACUUCAUCAUAGAUCCUUCAAACAUGUGAUGGUCAGAAGGGCAAAAAUCUCAUUGAUCACUUCCGUUUUCUCUCAGCAGAUUCUACAUGUUCUCAGUAGGAUAUCAUUGACGUCAAAAAUGAAAAUUGGCCAGAGAGGCAACAUUUUGUGAAGUUUGAGCCUUUUGGUUGGCUAAUUAGGGCCGAAAAAGAGUUGGAAGGAUCGAUACGCAUGCCUCGACACACGAGGCGGAGCAAGAGACGUUUGAAUGCGAAGUGAUGGGAAGACGACUGGCGCGUGGAGCGUGGUGUGUGCGUCCUUUCAAAGUGAAUACAAAAGACUGAAUAGACGGAAUGGAGCGGUGGAUUGAAAAGAAACAAUGCGCUGUAAUGAUUGGCGGCCACAAUGCGCCGCAUAAGCCAUUAUACAUAGUGUGCGAGAAAUCUUCAGUCGCGGACGGACGUGCUUGCUUCUCGUCGUGUCAUUUCUGCUGCUUCUGUUCCUUCUGCCGUCACUUCUACUGAAACCAUUUCAGAACUUUACUCAAACGUCACCAAAAAUGUCCUCGCUCUUGACCUCGUGGCAACGCCCAUCUCGGUGAGUUUUGACUAUAUUUUGGAAGGAGGAUGGGUGUGUUGA